UGUUGAGCAUGUACGCAUGCGCGGCCUAUAAACGAUGACGUAGGUAAACAAGAUUUUUAACGGAAGGGAGUGAUAUUUAAACCGUGAGCUGUCAUGGUCUACACAUUUGUUGGGGGCCACUGUUAAAUCAAAGUGUGGGACACUGAACUAUGCAGCAUGUAUGUCUCCAAAGGAUCUCCAAUGCCUAUUUUGUCUGUGAAAGAAGGCCCACUUUGACCUCUGCCACAGAGACAUGCCCACACAACUUUGCCGAAAUGCUGCCCACGGAAAUGAGCUUGAAGAUUUUUAGCGAACUGGACAUUGACAGCUUAUGUAGUGCAUUGUUGACCUGCAAACUGUGGCACCACAUCAUUGAAGACAGCGACCACCUCUGGAGGAAUCAUUGCCUGACUGUGCGAGCGUUCUGUCAACAGGAGAUUGAUGGGGACAGACAGUAUGGACUGUCAUGGAAGGUCACCCUGGUGCGGAACUACAGGAGAGGUUUUCUGAAGAGAGAAUGGUUAAGGGGACGAUACAGCAACAUUCAUUCUGCCGAUGAACUACUGGACAGGAACAUGUGCUCAUUGGAUGUCGAGACUUGGGGCGAGAUUCUGGAAGCAGAGCUGGAGAGAUAGAUGCAAAUUCUAUAAAGAGCUAUGAAUGAACCCGUUAGAUUUUCUUUUAUAAUUAUGUCUUAAGCACUUAUUAAUUUGUUUUAUACCUUUUAUACAGUUUUUAUAUGUGAUUAUGGUUAAUAAUCAGGAGAUUGAUGGGGACAGACAAAGAUUUACAGUGCUGUUAGAAAGUAUUCAUACCCCUUUACUUGUUCCACAUUUUGUUGUGUUACAGCCUGAAUUAAAAAUGGAUUAAAAAAAAAUGUCUUACCCAUCUACCCCAUAAUGACAAAGUGAAAACAUGUUUUUAUAAAUGUAUUAGUCUUUUUUUUUUUUACAUACAGAAAUAUAUAAUUUACAUUCACACCCCAAUAAAUAUUAUAAUCACCUUUG